AUGAUCGGUGAUCAGUCCCAGGAUAAUGACCCUGGUCCGGUCACCAGUUAUGCCAGCCCCUGCACUCUUGCUUUUGGUCCUCCCCUGUAUAACCCUGAAUCUAUUGUUAGCAUCUUUGUAGCAGAUGGAGUAGAAAACAAAUGGUUGCGUAGAUAUUUCCCAAACUCCUGUUCAGCACUUGGGAGAAAAAUUGUAGCUAUGUACAACAGCUUUACUAGCAAAUCAUUAAAAGAACAUAUUUUCCCUCCCCUGAUGGAGAUGCUAAUAUUUUUAAACUUAUGCAAAGCCCCAUUGCUUACGGAUCUAAAGAAACCAGAGGAAAAGGUGCCUCACACGAUGAACUUCUACGUCCAGCCUGAACCUGGGGUGGUGCUAGGAGUCUGGCACACGGUCCCCUGCUGCCGGGCGGAAGACGCUAAGGGGAAGGACCGUUGCUGGUAUGAGGCAGCCCUUCAGGAUGGAAACCCAAUUAUGGUGUAUCUUCACGGCAAUACAGGACACAGGGGUACUGCUCACAGGUGUAAGCGGAUAAAGGUGCUGAGUGAUGGUGGCUUUCACGUCCUGUCUGUGGACUACAGAGGGUUCGGGGACUCCACGGGGAGACCCACGGAGCGGGGGCUGGCAGUGGAUGCUAUUUGCAUCUAUCAGUGGGCCAAAGCGAGAAGCGGCGGCACCCCUGUGUGCCUGUGGGGCCACUCGCUGGGCACCGGAGUCGCAACAGAUGCUGCCAAAAUCCUGGAAGAGAGAGGUAAUAAAUGCUUACACGCGACAAUUUCCAGAGCUGAGACUAUAAAAACGAUUUGCCGGAAGUUUCCAAGGUGUUUUCGUACACUUAUAGAUUCUCUAAAGGAAGACAGAAUAGUCUUCGCUAACGAUGAAAAUGUUAAAUUCCUGUCUUCUCCCCUUCUCAUCAUACAUGGAGUGGAUGAUAGAAUAGUGCCUGUGGAAGAUGCAAAAAAGCUCUAUGAAACUGCAUAUGCUGCCUACAGGCACAAAGAGAGGGUCAAGAUGGUUAUCUUUCCUCCUGGCUUCCAGCACAACUAUCUUUGUAAAAGCCCCAUGUUUGUACCAGUCCUGAGGGAUUUCCUGAGCAAGCAGUGGGCAUGAGGUCUGAAAGCAGCAGAAACCUUCGACUGAAGACCUAUGAAGUGGACUUUCCUGAUGCAACACUUAACAAGGCUGCGGAGAGGAACUUUGGGUCUGCAUGCUUCUGAAGGCUGCUUGUCAUUUUUAAGAAGGAAUGCUUGGAUGCUGGGCAUGUGGAGUGUGGAGAGUCACAACUUGGUACAUCUUGGAUCCCAUGUACAAUAUACAGUCAAGAAGCAUUCUGGGAAUAGGUCAGUUGCUGUGGCUUGGCGUCUGUAUCUGCCCCCAGGUUCCUAUGUUGAGACCUAUACACCACCAUGAUGACUUUAGGAGGUGGAAAAUCCUGAGGGCUGGGCUCUCAUGAACAGGAUUAGUGAAAUAGGCCCAGAGAACCUCUCCCCUGGUUCUCAUCUCACACAGUGAGAAGGCCCCAUCCAGGACACAGCCUGGCCCUCACAGGUCACCAAAUCUGCCAGGA